AUACACUACAUCUAUCUAUCCCAUCAUCUUCGGCCGACCUUAAAGAAGGGUCUCUUUUUCUCUCUUUCGUUUAGUUUCCUUUUCACUUCUUAUUCUUCUUCCCUUCUUAUUAUUACUAAUCAACCAAAAACAAAUACAAUUAUUUAGAUUACUUAGUGGACACCAUGGCGAGGGUUCUAGUACACGUAGCUAAUAUCCCUGCCUUGGUUCCUCCUGGUAGAAGGCUUGGUCAGUCUCAAGAAUCUUGGAAGUCAAGAAGGAAUGUCAGAAUGAUGAGCUGUUUACAAGCACCUGUGUUAAGAAUGAGAAAUUUUUCGGGGUUGCGAGGCUCUAAUGCUUUAGAUACCCUGGCAAAACGUGGCAUAAGUUUCCACUCCAGGGUGGGAAUUUCACUCUCUUCUGGUCGAAGGAGGACUGGCCGAAUGGUUGUUAAAGCAAUGUUUGAGCGCUUCACAGAAAAAGCAAUUAAAGUCAUCAUGCUUGCCCAAGAGGAAGCAAGACGGCUUGGUCACAAUUUUGUUGGCACAGAGCAGAUUCUCUUGGGUCUUAUUGGUGAAGGUACUGGCAUUGCUGCGAAGGUUCUCAAAUCAAUGGGAAUCAAUCUUAAAGAUGCACGUGUAGAGGUGGAGAAGAUAAUUGGAAGGGGAAGUGGUUUUGUCGCUGUGGAAAUUCCAUUUACUCCUCGUGCAAAGCGGGUUUUGGAACUCUCUCUGGAGGAAGCCCGUCAAUUGGGCCAUAACUAUAUUGGAUCAGAGCACCUGCUACUUGGGCUUCUUCGUGAAGGGGAAGGUGUAGCAGCCCGUGUUCUUGAGAAUUUAGGUGCUGACCCAAGUAACAUACGCACACAGGUUAUUCGAAUGGUUGGUGAGAGCACAGAAGCUGUUGGUGCUGGUGUUGGAGGAGGAAGCAGUGGCAAUAAGAUGCCAACGCUGGAGGAGUAUGGAACUAAUUUGACCAAGUUAGCAGAAGAGGGUAAAUUGGAUCCUGUUGUUGGAAGACAGCCACAAAUAGAACGUGUUAUCCAAAUUUUGGGCCGUCGAACUAAGAACAACCCAUGUCUUAUUGGAGAACCUGGUGUGGGUAAAACAGCUAUUGCAGAAGGCCUAGCUCAACGAAUUGCAAGUGGUGACACUCCUGAUACAAUUGAAGGAAAGAAGGUUAUAACCCUGGAUAUGGGUCUUCUUGUUGCUGGGACAAAAUAUCGUGGAGAGUUUGAAGAAAGGUUGAAGAAACUAAUGGAGGAAAUCAAGCAGAGUGAUGAAAUAAUCCUUUUCAUUGAUGAGGUCCACACCUUAAUUGGAGCCGGAGCAGCAGAAGGGGCAAUUGAUGCUGCUAACAUCUUAAAGCCAGCUCUUGCAAGAGGAGAAUUGCAGUGUAUUGGAGCCACGACACUAGAUGAGUACAGAAAGCACAUUGAGAAGGACCCGGCAUUGGAAAGUCGUUUUCAGCCUGUUAAAGUUCCUGAACCAUCAGUUGAUGAAACUAUUCAGAUUUUGAAAGGACUCCGAGAGCGAUAUGAGAUUCACCACAAACUUCGUUACACUGAUGAAGCACUAGUUUCUGCUGCACAUCUGUCAUACCAAUACAUCAGUGAUCGCUUUCUGCCUGAUAAAGCAAUUGAUUUGAUUGAUGAAGCUGGUUCUCGAGUUCGGCUUCGUCAUGCUCAGCUCCCUGAGGAAGCUAGAGAGCUUGAAAAAGAGCUUAGGCAGAUCACUAAGGAGAAAAAUGAAGCUGUUCGUGGCCAAGACUUUGAAAAGGCUGGGGAGUUACGUGAUAGAGAAAUGGACCUUAAGGCUCAGAUCACAGCCCUUGUUGAUAAAGGUAAGGAGAUGAGUAAGGCAGAGACUGAAGCAGGCGAUGUGGGUCCUAUUGUAACUGAAGUGGACAUUCAACACAUUGUCUCUUCGUGGACUGGCAUUCCUGUUGAGAAAGUAUCAACUGAUGAAUCUGAUCGACUACUCAAGAUGGAAGAGACCCUCCAUAAGCGAGUCAUUGGCCAGGAUGAAGCUGUCAAAGCUAUUAGCCGUGCCAUCCGCCGUGCUCGUGUUGGACUAAAGAACCCUAACCGACCAAUUGCUAGUUUCAUCUUUUCUGGUCCUACUGGUGUAGGGAAGUCAGAACUGGCAAAAGCACUUGCUGCUUAUUACUUUGGCUCUGAAGAAGCCAUGAUUAGGCUUGAUAUGAGUGAGUUCAUGGAAAGACACACAGUCUCCAAGCUCAUUGGUUCUCCCCCUGGUUAUGUGGGUUACACUGAGGGUGGUCAGUUGACUGAGGCUGUUCGACGUCGUCCAUACACUGUAGUACUCUUUGAUGAGAUUGAAAAGGCUCAUCCUGAUGUUUUCAACAUGAUGCUUCAGAUUCUUGAGGAUGGAAGGUUGACAGACAGCAAGGGAAGAACUGUAGAUUUCAAAAAUACCCUUCUAAUUAUGACAUCAAAUGUUGGUAGCAGUGUUAUUGAGAAGGGAGGACGUCGCAUAGGAUUUGAUCUUGAUUAUGAUGAGAAGGACAGCAGUUAUAACAGGAUCAAAAGUCUGGUGACAGAAGAAUUGAAGCAAUAUUUCAGGCCCGAGUUCUUGAAUAGGUUGGACGAGAUGAUUGUUUUCCGGCAGCUCACUAAGCUGGAGGUAAAAGAAAUUGCUGAUAUAAUGCUGAGGGAAGUGUUUGAUAGAUUGAAGACAAAAGAGAUAGAGCUUCAAGUUACUGAGAGAUUUAGAGAGAGGGUGGUUGAGGAAGGGUACAACCCAAGUUAUGGUGCUAGGCCUUUGAGAAGAGCAAUUAUGAGACUUUUGGAGGACAGCAUGGCUGAGAAGAUGCUUGCAAGAGAAAUUAAAGAGGGUGAUUCGGUCAUUGUGGAUGUGGAUUCGGAUGGAAACGUUACUGUGCUCAAUGGCAGCAGCGGUGCUGCUCCUGAGUCAUUGCCUGACCCACUUCCAGUGGUGUAACCCUCUAUUUGAUUUGUUGUUUGUACCCUUUUUUUAGUCUAUUUGAACUGGCUAUAUAAUCGUAGUCUAUUUUCUUGGAAGGACCACUGGGCAGUUGAAUUGGAAGCUGUUGAAUUAUUGGUGGUGGGUUUACAAAGCUGAAUUUGUUUACACCAUGAGUAGCAUACACAAUUGAGUUGCAGAUAAUAGUAGGGUGUUUUAGUGUUAGCUUUAUAUUAUUUUUCUUAAUAAAAAAUGUAAUGAUGAAUUAUGAUU